AUGCGAGGUGUUUUACGUCUAACAUCAUUCAUUCGUCAUACGAAACAUUUUAAAAGUUUAACAACUAUGGCAACAUUAAAUGUAAAACAAGGGAUCGAUCCGGAGGUACAACUCUCCAAAGAUACUCAGAUUUUACUAAUAGGGAAGAAGAAACUUCUCAAGGAUAUCAAAUUUGAUGGCAAUAUUAUGGCGAAAUUUUCGGGUUUCGUCACUUCUAAAACAUGGGAUUCAUUAAUGGAAACAUUAGCUGAUAAUAGUUCAGCAGCAAUACCACUUCAUUUGAAUUUAGCUACCGUUAUUGCUGUGGGAGAUGAAUCCAGUCGACAUAAUGCUCCCUCAAAUGCUUUAUCGAUUUUCAAAGAAGUUAAAAAGGCAGGUCAAGCAGAUGGCAUUAAGAAUGUCUCGAUUAUUCUAUAUGCAAUGUUAGCGGAUAUAUUUCCAAGUGUUGCUGCAAUAGCACGUUGUUAUCCGCUUUAUAGUCGAUUUACCGAAAAUAUUAUCAGUUUGGAAAAUGUUCAAAUUGAAAUUGUUGUAACUGAUGGCGAGAAACUCACCAAUCGUGAUUUGCUGUUUCUCCAAACGUUAACAGAAUCAAUCCGAAACACUGCUCGCCUAAUUGAUAUGCCACAUAACGAGCUGAACACGGAACAAUUUGUUGCUGAGGCUACUGAACUAAUUUUAACACUUCCGAAUAUACAAAGUACCAUUAUUAAGGGUAAUGACUUGCUUGCAAAAGGUUUUGGAGGCAUAUAUCAUGUUGGUAAAGCAUCUGCUUCACCACCAAUUUUUGCAUGCUUUAGCCAUAAGCCACAAAAUGCUACGAAAACAUACGCUAUGGUUGGGAAAGGUAUAGUAUAUGAUACAGGUGGUAUGCAGAUUAAAACGAAAACCCUAAUGCCUGGUAUGAAAAAUGAUAUGGGUGGUGCAGCUGCUUUACUUGGCUCAUUUUAUACCUUGGUAAAAUUAGGCUUCAAGCAAAAUUUGCACUGUUUGCUAUGCGUCGCAGAUAAUACUAUUUCACAUACUGCAAACCGUCCGGAUGACAUCAUAACGAUGUUAAGUGGUAAAACAGUUGAAAUCACGAAUACCGAUGCUGAAGGUCGUUUAGUAUUAGCUGAUGGUGUUUAUUAUGCGAAAAAUAUGCUCAAAGCUGAUACAAUAAUAGAUAUGGCGACGUUAACAGGUGCACAAGGACUUGCAACUGGAAAACUUCAUGCUGCUGUAUUAACUAAUAGUGAAGAAUGGGAGAAUCGUGCUUGUAAAGCUGGACGAGCUAGUGGUGAUCUUGUUCAUCCAUUACCGUUUUGUCCAGAUUUACAUUUUAGUGAUCUGAAAAGUCCUGUAGCAGAUAUGCGAAAUUCAACUUUUUCCAAAAUGCAGGGACCAGGAAGCUCAAUUGCUGGUCUCUUUAUUGCAUCACACAUUGAUUUUGGAAGUGGCUUGGAUUGGAUACAUUUUGACAUUGCUUUUCCGGUAGAACAUGGAAAUCGUGCAACAGGUUAUGGCCCAGCUUUGAUAUGCGCUCUUCUUGCAUCUCAUUUGGAUGUACCACUGCUGAAAACUUUGCAAUGA